UAACAGAAAGUUUGCUAAAAUAACGCGUCUAGGAGGUUUUCCCUUUCGGUUCGCAGUGUUUUUCAAAAUAAAAGUUGUUAAUCAGUUCUUAAACAGCAUUUUUCUAUUAUAAAUACAACAGAAUGUCUAUUUUCGAUAAUGCUAAUUCGGAGGGUCCUGGAUUUGUUGGUAUACGCUUCUGCCAAGAGUGUAAUAAUAUGUUGUAUCCAAAGGAAGACAAAGAAAAUAAAGUGCUGCUAUAUGCUUGCCGAAAUUGUGAUUACAAACAGGAAGCUGAUUCAAAUUGCAUUUAUGUGAACAAAAUUAUGCACGAAAUUGAUGAGCUCACCCACAUAGUCCCGGACGUAAUUUCUGAUCCCACUUUACCACGUACCGAAGACCACGCCUGUCCGAAAUGCUCACACAGGGAAGCAGUGUUCUUCCAAGCGCAAACACGCCGCGCUGAAGAGGAAAUGAGAUUGUAUUAUGUGUGCACAAAUCAAAAUUGUACACACAGAUGGACAGAAUAAGUUAUUUAUUAUUACUUUUUCUAUAAAUUAUGAAUUAGCAUACAAAAAUAAAACUACAGCAAGACUCGUUUGAACCAGACCCUAGCUUACCAAGAAAUGUAAACGAGACAUUUGCCUUGGAAAAUCUGAA